AUGGAUAAGAACUUUCAAGAAGAACAGUUUACAGGAACUAUUAAAUUUACGCCUCCUUUGUACAAACAACGCUACCAGUUCAUUAAGGAUUUAGUGGGGAAAUACAAACCUAAGAAGGUGGCAGAUUUAGGAUGUGCUGACUGUACACUUCUCUGGAUGCUGAAAUUCUGCAAUUGCAUUGAAGUAUUAGCUGGGCUAGAUAUCUGUGCAAGUGUAAUGAAAGAGAAAAUGCAUAGGUUGUCUCCUCUUCCUGGUGAUUAUUUGCAGCCGGCUGAAAGAUCCCUAACUGUUACCUUGCAUCAUGGUUCAGUUGCCCAUAAAGAUCCUUGCAUGCUUGGUUUUGACUUGGUAACGUGUAUUGAACUAAUAGAGCACCUGGAACAAUCGGAACUAAAGAAGUUUCCUGAAGUGGUGUUUGGUUUCAUGGCUCCAAGCAUGGUUGUGAUCAGUACUCCAAAUUCUGAAUUUAACCCUUUGCUUCCAGGAGUGACAUUAUUCAGGCAUCCAGACCACAAAUUUGAAUGGAACCGAGCACAGUUUCAAAGCUGGGCUCUAGAGACUGCUAGACGCUAUGAUUACUCAGUGGAAUUUACUGGCGUAGGGCAUCCACUAACGGGAAUGGAGAAAGUUGGGUUUUGUACCCAAAUAGGUGUGUUUGUUAGAAAAUAUCCUCAAACCACUGAAUCUGCUCGGUCUGAGAAACCCACUGAAGCAGUUUACAAAACGGUCUUCAAAGCAGUGUAUCCAAGUCUUAAAGAUGAGAAGUACCUGCAGAAUGCAGUGGUCAGUGAAGUUAUUUUCACAGCACAAAUCAUGAAGCGAAGUCUGCUGGACCAUUUAAUGUCAGAACGUGAGGAGUAUAAUGAUGAUCCUACUGAAAGAAAAUCCAAAUUCCAACCUUCAAUGAACUGUUUUUCGGAAGAUCUUGGAAAAACACUUGUUGAAAAAAGCAUGGAACCAUUUGUCAAUGGAAAUGUGGUUUAUAUACCUCUUACAACAAUCUUUUCUUUUCCCAAAGUGAAUCGACUUUGUGGUACCUUUGAGAAGUUACGCAAGCUUAUUGCUGGCAAGGUCACCCUGAGCAGUGAUGGUUCUGCUGUGAUGUUCAAUACCGAACAUGAAAAUGAAGAGAAUUAGAUCCCAGUUUCUCAUACAAAGUUCAGUUAAAGUAAUGAGAGUAUUUUUUAGUAGCUGUCAAACGGUGUGUUCUGUAUGCUAACUAGAACCACAAAAUCUUUUCUAAACCUUCCAGUAUUUAUCCAUCAGCAGCUCUCAUUUAGUGAAGAUGAGUGCUUCUGACAAAGAUCGCAGUAGGGUUUUGAAGUAGAGUAUCAGGGGCUAAAAGGAAAGAAUUAAUUCCAGCAAAGAAAAACUUUAAGUAUUUGUUUGUUCUCUAUUACCGUAUUGUGGCUAUCAUGACUAGAUUCUUUUCGGUAAUCUUUUGUUAGCUCCAAGGAUAGUUGAUGAUAACAGAACUAGAUGGCUGUGCUGAAUGAUAUGAGUCAGACAUAGGUUUAGGGCAAGUUUUUUCUUAAUAGAUUAAUAUUUAUAGAUGCCUUUUUCAAGAUGAGCAUGAACUCGGCCUUUGUGAAAACCAAAUAUUGUUCCAGAUAAAUCGGCAUAUGCCACAAACAUUGAUAGAUCAGUAAAUUCAAUACCGGGGAAGAGUGCCAUGAUGUUGGAUGUAAGGUGGAAAAAGAAAAGGUAGAUUAACCCUAUUGUUUUAUCCAGUUUCUUGAUAACUGCUGCUUGGGAAAUAACUUGCAUCCUGUAACUUUCUAGAAGCUGAAUUUAAUUAAUUUGA